AUUUUUGAAGUUGUAUUUUAACUUUCCUUGUUUUUAUAUUGAACAACUUUUCGCCAAGUAUUCUUAUUCUAAUAUAAUUUAUACUUCCGUCGUCCGUUAAGAGAAACAUGGCCGAAAAAGAAGUACCGGAGACUAUACCCAAAUUAUCGGAGACCACAUCGGACAAAUCCAAGAUUACUAUGAAACAACUUACUGAUGAGAUAAACUUAUUAACUAAGGAUGAAAUAAAUGAAAGAGUAAAAGAAAUCCACAAGUUUAUGGCUGCUGAAAAGGACCAUUUUUCAUUUAUGACCAAGGAUUUCCAUGAAUUCAUUAAAUACAUACCAUCGUGGUUACUGAAAGAAAAUUAUGAACAGGAAUUUGACCCUAAAUUUAUUCUAUCUCAUAUUGCUGCACAAAAUAGUGAUAAAAAAGUUAUGUUUAGAGAUAUACAUAUGAUGAUUAAGUUGGGUAUUGAGAGAGGAAACAAUUUGGAAAAAAUCGCUAUUAAAUCAUCACCAGAAUUAAAAAUCGAACUUAUAAAACUUAGAAUGAAAUAUAAAUUGGUCUCAAAAGCUAUAAAUUCAAAGUCUGGAGUGACUUUAUCCAGAGUUUGUGAGAGCUUCCCAAGAUUAACAUGUGUUUACCUUAAAGAUGAAGCUAAAAAUCCUAUUGUACCGUUUGAACUAAUGGAGACGAUUUGUAAGAACUAUCCUAGAGUGAUGAUGACGUCUGCUUUUGCGUAUCUUAUACCAAAUAAAGAGAGCAAAUAUUGUCUAUUUUUAAAAAAAGCCCAUUUACUUCAUCAAUACCAGUUGUUUGCUACAAUUUCGCAAAAGAGUUAUCCGAGUUCUUCAGUUGAUGUUGAAAAUGAAUUCAUUUCUAAGGUUUAUGUGAGUACUCAAGCAGCUAUUAAUGGAUCACAUGUGGAGUACGAUGAUCAAAUAAAGUUUUUAAAAGAAAAUGAUCUAAUUGAGGAAGUUGAAAAUGAAAUGACUGUCACAGAAGGAGUUCUAGAAGCAGUCAAGUUGUGGGACGAAAAAGAAAGCCAACUCGAAUUAGAUCACAAAUUGUCUGGUAUCGACCCUGAUGAUUACACGUCAUGGUGUUAAACUGGUAAAUUUUAUUAAACUGUAUUUAAACAUUAACACUUAAAAAAAAAAAAACAAUUUCCGAUGAGUCUAU